GGAGGGCGAUUCCGAGGCCCGCCUGCAGGGGGCGGGGGGAGCGCCGGAGGGACGCUCUGGCCUCGCCUCUCCGCUGCUUCGGCACCUGUCGCUAUUUGAUGACGUCAAUAGGGAGCGCCCCGCUCUGUGGUUUGGGCACCCGGAAGAGCCCGUAACAAUGGGGGCAGCGAGGGGAGGAGCCGUUCAGAGCCCGGGGAGGGGGAGCUCCGGGGAGAAGCAGGUCUCAGCCGGCCACGCCUCCCUCGGACCUGCCUAGCUGAGCAUCAUUGCCACUUACCCUCUGUUGGGUGGGCCUGGCCUGUGGUUGGCUGGGCACAAUGCCUCGGAAAAGGAAAUAUUGUCAGCGUGCAGGCCCCCCUCAGCUGGUUGCGGUCACUGCUGCGGGAACCCCAGUCAUGGCCAGGGCUGGCUCAGGGUGUCGCAUACAGCUGGGUCGCAGGACUAGGAGCCCAGACUACUUUCCCUUCAGCUUCCUGCCAGUGGACUGUCAGCUCCAUGUCUUCUCUUUCCUUUCGGAGGUGGAGAAGUGCACAGCUGCCUUGGUUUGUGAAGCCUGGAGCAAGCUGAUCCGCACCCCCAGGCUCUGGAGGGUGGCUGACUUCAUGAGACUGGGGGCCUUCCAGUCAGGCAUGGAUUUGGUGCUGGUUUCUGCCAGAGAAUUUGAGAGGUGGAAAGAGUGGGUCCACCAGUAUGCCUAUCACCUGACCUCUCGCAGCGCUAGCCUGCUAGUCCUCAGGGCCAGCUUUGAUUUGGGUGACCAGAAGACCAAAUGGGCUGACUUCCUUUCACGCUUCUUGGACAGUGUCCACUGUGGGGAGCUGCAGGAGCUGGAGCUCAACUGGACCUUGACUCACUUGGAACCACCAGACUUCUACCCGCCAGGCACCUGCAGUAUGACUCAGGUCAGCCUGAUCAAAAUGGACCAGAUCAGCAACUUCCAGACCCUUCUGGAGAAGUUUAUCCAGAGAUCCCCAAAGCUCACCAGGAUGAAGCUGCCCUUUGACUGGUCUGCAUAUUCAGUUGCCAUGCUGACCCAGUUCCAGCAGCUUCACACCUUGGAGCUGAAAUACUUUUGGAGCUUCAAAGGGGUUUGCCCAGAGAUCAUGCAGGAUCUCACCAAAGCCCUGCCCAACCUCAAAACUCUCAUCCUUCAUGUGCUGGUGCCAGUCAAAGACUUGGGCAUCUCCUAUUCUCUGGAAUCCAGAUCCCUGGAGUACUUGGAUGUGUCCCAGAGCCGUGGCCUGGUGUUCUGUCACCUCGACCUGCCCUCCCUGAGGGUGCUGAGGAUCAAGAAGACGGUUCGGGGCAUCAUCCUGAACCGGAGGACUAGGCUGGCUCUUCAGAGUCGCUGGUCCUGUCUGUAUAGCUUGUUACGGAGUGGCACACCCAACCUUCGGGUGUUCAACAACCAGGUGUUGCUGCCGCACUGGCGGGAGCAGACAUACAAGGAGCUGAAUGCCUUGCUGCUGCAAUCAUGCUACUGUGUUCAGCACUCGGACACGUGGUUACUGUAAAGAUUGAUGGUGAAGGGACCAGAGUUCUCCUUUAUCUAAUGGUGUCACUGGAGGGGGUGUAGAGCAUGAAGAGACCAUGUGUUUGCCUUGGGAGGGACCAGGUGGCCUGUGUGUCUCUGGGCCUAGCAUCUGUCAGGUUUCAGGAGAGGCUGCAUCUGGGCCCAGUUUGCUCAAAAUGGGAGGCUGACUGAGGGAUGUUUAGAGAGACGGACACUCUGUUUUUCUCUUCUACCAAGACAGAGUAAAUGUUCUGUUCCCCACAGCUGAUCUCAGGUUUUCAUUUAUAAGUGCACUUUAUGGCCCAUAAGUGAUGGCCUGUGCUCCUUACGUAACAGGAAGGGCUCUGAGUACUGCACAUAGUAAAAUCACACAGCUGCAGCCAGACACGGGUGCCCUGGUUGUCUGUAUGCGCUGAUGCAGAAGUGAAGAUGGAAUCAGUAACCUUUUGAGCUCAGACCUCCACAAACCUCUGCCUGAUGCAUUCACAGGGUAGUUCCAUGCUCUUAGCUGGCCAGUGUUAUCAGCUGGUUAGCGCAGGGGAGCUGGGUUUCCUGGGUUCUUUUCCAGUCACUAUCAUUAUUUUUGGAAAUGUUACUUAGACUCAUUUUCAAAAGCAGCCUCUAAUUUUGGGUGCCUGACUCGAGCUAUCUUGCAAGUUGCAGGAGCGCAGCAGCUCUGAAAAUCAGGACCAAGGGGUCUCGAGUUAGGAACCUCAGGUUUCCAUCUUUAAAAUGGGAAUAAGCCUAACUUACCUCUCAGGGAAGGUGGUGAGGCAUUUCGACCCUUGGACUUAGGUGCUGCCAAAAUGUAAAGUAGUAUUAGAAAGUGGAGGAACAUGGAUGUUUGCCAUUUCCCAGCCAGCAGAAGGCACCCCUUACUUUGUUAUGCUGAUAUAUAACCUGACUGAUUCUUCAGACCAUAUCUGUUCUCAGCUGGUUCCUGUGAUGCUGGUGGUCAAGUCCUGAGUUGACCCUAAUAAAAAUUAACAGAGCCCCAUCUCUUGUCAGUCUGUUCUAACUCUGCACUGGGCCAGGAGUUCUUACUAAUGGUUGAAUCUGUUUCCUAGUAGCCUCUUCCUAGCCUGGAGAGAGCAUACGUGUAAUCCUGGCUUUGUAGCGGUGACGCUUUUUGUGGGCCAUGGUGGUCCAUUUCAUAGGCUGUGAUGAGGGGGCAGAUUCAGAGUUAUUCCUCUGAGGAGGGCAUCUAGAUGCAUGUGGCGU